UCAUUUUUCUGGCUGAUGAUGCAAUUUUGAUUUUUUUUUGUUUUGAUUGAAAAUUUUGUUUUUGUUUUUGUUUGGAAAAAAAAUGAAGAACGAGACAAUCCUCGGGAUAUCUUUUAUCAUAUUUUCAACUAUUUUUGUCUAUUUUUUAAGCUUUAUUCUCAUUAUGGCCCAUGCCGAUGAAACCACAACAAAAUCCUCAUCAUCAUUGAUGGCCGAUAAAUUUUUUGAAGAUAAUCCUGAUAGUCAUUCAAAUUGGUGGAAUGAUAAAUUUUAUGAAACUUCUGUUCCAGAUGAUGAUGAUAAUGAUCCUUAUGACGAUAAUGAUAUUAACUUUGAUAAUAAUAAUGAUAAUAACAAUGGUGAACAACAAAAAAAUUUCCAUCAAAAACAUUUAAAAUGUUUCAAACAAAUGUUAAAAUUAUAUGGAAAAAUUGCCAAUCAAUUUAAUAAACUUUUUCGAAUGUCAAUGGAAAGAAAUCCUCAUAAAGAAUUUGACAUACGAUUAUCAUUAAAAUUAUAUGAAUUGAAUGAUUUCAAUGAUUAUAUUCGACAAUUUGAAAUGAUUCAUAAAGAAUUUCUUCUUGAACUUGAUGAUCCAGAUUCAGUCGCCAAAAUCAACAACAAUGAUCAAAAAUCAAAAUCCAAUCAACCAAAAUUCUGUGAUCGAAUCAAACAGAUUGAAUAUCGUUUUCAAAAUCUUUUACAUCGUACGAUUAUUGAACCGAAAAAAUCAUCAUAUGAAAAAUUACGAUCAUUUAGUUCAUUGUUAGUAAUCAAUCGUCAUUAUCUAAUCAAUUAUCUUACACCGACUGUUGCAUUUCUUGUACAGAUUUCAUUAUUAUUGUAUUAUAAUACAAUAACCAUAAGAAAAUGUAUUGGUCUUAUUAUUUUUAAUUUAAUUUUUACUGGUUCAUUGAUGAAAUAUUAUCUGGAAAAACAAAUUGAACAUGAACGAUUAAUUUAUUCGGAUUAUAAUCCCGAUCUAAUAACAUUGAUUGUACAAUAUUUUAUGACAAUUUUUACCUAUAUGAUGACAGAAUUUAUACAAAAAUUACAACCACAAUUACAACAAUUAUUUGAACAGAUUACUAUCGAUUCAUGGAAUCCAUUUAUUUUUAUACGAAAUUUUUGCAUAUUAAUGUUUUCAAUAUUUUUAUUAUUUCAAAUGAUUCCUUAUAUUUUUAAUUUUUUUGUUAACAUUAUCCAUAUUUUAUUUGAUCAUCAUCAUCAUCAUCAUCAUCAUCAUCGUCAACAACAACCAAUGAAUUCACAUCGAAUGAAUCAAAAAGAAAUAACAAAUUCAAAUGGUAAUGAUCAACCUCCAACUAUUGUAUAUAAUUUUAAUAAUAGCACAAUCGGUACUAUUGAAUGUUUAGAUUCUCAGCGACUAAAAUCUUCAUCAUCAUCACCAUUGAUAUUGUCACCAAAGUUGGAAUCAACUAAAACUACCAAUGCUGAAUUACCAAGUGAUAAUGAAGAAUAUUAUUCUGCGGAUGAAAAUUCUUGAAAUUUUAAAUGAUUUAUUUUGUUUUUUCUUGUUAUUAAAUGUGUCACAUUGUUUUGAUAUUUUAAUUUAUUAA